AUGAAAUUAUUGAUUGCUUUAGUAGCCUUGUUGGCACUUUGUUUGUCCACAGCCCAAAAAGCUGAGAACUAUUCAUUUACUUCUCGGCUCCUCUGUUCUUACAAAAAUGGAAAAAGGCAUUGUGUUCCUUGCUCUACUUCCAAUGGAGCUACAACUUGCGAACCAGGUGCCAGUAGUGCCUCGUCCCAAAGUUCUGGAUUACCAAACAAUGGCCAGAAUGGUAUCGAAGUAGGAAAAACGAAAGGCACUGCUAUAGAGAAAAUUGAAGAUCCUGGAAACGGAUAUCAUAGUGAUUCUGCCCAAAGCAAUGGACCCCAAGGUUCUGGAAAUAUCGGACAUGACCAGAAGUUUAACCAUCCCAACUACGGAAAUAAUAGGCUGGUAGGUUAUUCGCCGAUGUACAACCUUAACACAAAUAGAGGUGGCAUAGAACUGGGUCCAACCCAAAAGCCAUUAGAGCCUGCUGGAAACUAUUAUUAUUUAAAUGCUGCUCAUAGUCGAGGAUUUCAAGGUAAUGCCAAUGGCGUUUCCAAUCAUGGAGGUAACAUCAACAACGGCGGGUCAACAUCUGCAUUCGGAAGUUAUAUUGACGGUCCUGACAAUAUUCCUAGCUUUGAUUAAGUCCAACUGGUUGCUAUAAUAUAUGUUUGAUCAAAAGUGUUUUUGUUUUCCUAAUAAUGCAUUUAUAUUCAGUGUUGGUUUUAUAAAAUAAAUACCUGCAUUUAGUAACAAAA